AUGACCUGGACAGCUGGAGGUGGUCACUGUCAGACAGAAGUUUCUACAGACCCGGAGAGACAGAGUUCAGACUGUGGGGCUCCUGGAGAUCCAGACAACUAUAAAGCGCAAGAACACUGCACAAUGAUUGAUCGUCUGGGACGAUGGAGGGACAUGAGUUGUGAAGAAUCUCAUCCGGCAAUCUGCUUAGAUGUCAGAGGACCGAAUGUGACAUUUGUCUUCAUCAACAUCCCGAUGACAUGGACUGAGGCCCAGAGCUACUGCAGAGCAAACUACAGAGACCUGGCCAGUGUGAGGAACAUGGCAGAGAACCAGAAGAUACAGGAUCUGGUACCUGCUGGGGGCACAGCCUGGAUCGGACUUUCCAGAGACUCCUGGAAGUGGUCGGAUGGAAGUGACUCCACAUUUAGGUUCUGGAGUGCUGGGGAACCUACAACUAAUGGGAAC